UUUCUUCUUUGCAUUGGCUGGGUGCACGCAUUGGACUGCAAACCCCAUUAUCCACAGCCAACACCGCCUUUGCACUGGGCUGAUCUGUGGAAGAUGGGGAGCUGUAGUCGGAAACGCCCACAGCCAUCCGCUCUCUCGCUACUUCCCGGUAUGUUUUAGCGUGACUUGCACCCUCUUGCUCGCCUCCAGAUACGCAACCACAACAACGUAAAGCAAAAUCUCCAAGGCAGGUGGAUGAACAAUGACAAGCCGAAGCAAAAAGAACGAAUUCAACAAAAUGUCCAAAAAAGCCUUUGCUCCUCCUGUAGUGAAGUCUUACCGUACACCCUUUGGAAAAGGUGAAUUGGAGCUUCACGGCAAACCAGAAGAUGGAAUUACCGUCAAAUCCGUGACUAUCUCACCAGUGCAAAGUAAAAGACAGAAAGGGAGCAUGUCUAACGUAGAAAAGAAAUCUGAGUGCAAGAAGAAUUUGGAAAUGAUUGAGAAUGAAAAGGGGUUUCUCACUGAUGCACAAUUUGAGGAGAUUGUCCAAAGUAUACUUCAAAAGUCUCCCCAGGAAUGCACGGAAAAUCUUCAGGAGAGGCUGGUUCCAGCAGAGUCUGCUGAAGGUCAGCGUUCGAAAAGGGAGAUGUCGGAGGCAUUUCUACCUGCAGAGAGGAGUGCCUGGCAGAAGAAAACUGAAGUGGCGCUUUCAGAAGUGGGACAGAAAGAACACCAGAUCAAAGUGAAGAAGCAGAGCAAAUCUGGCAUCAAUGAGGGUGAAAAAAAGCUAAAUGAGAAAGCGGCAGCAAACAAUGUAGGGUGUAAGGAAAACCGGAAAGGAGAGCCCAAGAAAGCAGCUCAAGGCAACGCCCAAGACGUCACUGACCCAGAGGAAGCCCCGGAGGAGGAAGAGGAUGGAGGAAGUGGCAGCAGCCGCUGCUGUACCGCUUGGGUCCAGUGUUCUUACCCCAGCUGUGAGAAGUGGCGGCGGCUCAGCAGUGAUGUGGAUCCAUCAGCCCUGCCCGAGGACUGGUCCUGCAGCCAGAAUCCAGAUCUUCAGUACAACAGCUGCAGUGUUCCUGAGGAGACCUGGUCGGGCUCUGAAGACGAAGUGGUCUAUGCCAUUUAUUUUCCAGGGUCCAUCGUGUGGGCCAAGCAAUAUGGAUACCCCUGGUGGCCGGGAAUCAUAGAAGCCGACCCUGACAUUGGAGAGUACUUCCUGUUUUCUUCCCAGGCAGACUCACUUCCUUCCAAGUAUCACGUGACCUUCUUUGGCCACUCGGUCACCCGCGCUUGGAUCUCUGCCUCUCUGCUGAAGAACUACGGGGAACCACCCGGGGAAGGAAAUGCCUGGGCCAAGAUCAGGAACAGGAGUGAGAAGGAGAACCUCAAAGCGGCUCUGGAAAUGGCGAAAGAAGCAGAACAAAUAAGCAUCCAGUUUACCGAUACCGUUGCCUUUGCGCUGUCCCUCCAGGCAAGAAUAAGGAGAUUUGGGUUCCACAGCCGAUUCCAACACAAAGAAUCUCCCAAAGACUGCAAAAUCCUGAAAGAGCAGAAUAACACGGCCUCCUCCAGGCCUCGGGUCAAAAGGACCCCAGGAACAAAGGGUGAGCAUAGGAGCACUGCAACCUCCAGCAAGAACCAAGAAAAGCUUCUCCAUGAAAUAUCAGGAGUGAAACCCAAUGAAAAUAUCAAGAGGCCCAUCGAUACGAAAGGGGACAAAAAACCUCAGGUAGGAGGACUUGAAAAUGCCUCCCCUGCGCUGAAGAGGCGAGAGAGAACUGCCCCCAAAGCGGCAGCUACGCUCCCAGGAUCUGAUCGAGCAACCGGAAAACAGGAUAGUAGUCAGAAAGGCUUGAAGAAAUCCUUCUCUGUGCCGCCGCCGUGCCAGGCGUCUCAGGCCAGACACCCCCUCCGUUCUUGGCCAGACAGCAGCCCUGCCGGCUUCGCCUUCUCUCCUCCCCCGAGCCAGAAAGACCGCUCCAACAGGUCAGGGGGCUCCCCGGGGCCCAAAGGAACCUGACCGGAGGGAAAGGCGCGGCUGGGCGACCGAAGGGAACCCCAACAGCUGCCUCCGAUGAGGAGAGAGGAGGACUCUUCUUCUGCCACCGGCUUCUCUUGGGCUUGGCUUGGCUUGAAGGAAAAGGCCGCGAGGAUCGGAGGAAGGUGGAAAAGGCUGGCAAAGUUUUCGUUUGUGAGUUUGGUUGACUUGGGAAGUUGAGGGCUGCUUAUAUUUUAACAGAGCUGCAGAUUGUGAAACGAAGAACCUGAAGUGGAGCCCUGAGCAGGCAGAGGGUUGUUGUUUUUUUUUUGCCCCUCGGGAGAAAAACCUUUUGGAAAAAGAGCUCUUGGAGGUGGCCUCACCUGAGGGGCUGGAGUUGCACCUCCUGGCUGGCAAACCCCUAAAGUCGCUCUGCUCCAUUAAAGGCUGCUUUCCCCCCCUG